AUGACAAUCAUAAUUAUUUUAAAUAUUUUAUUAGAUGAAAAUAAACACACGGAAGAGACGGAAAAUGCUAUUGCAGCUUGCGAAAGCUCUAAAGUGAAGGAAGAUGGAGAGAAAAGUAAUGUAGUUGGGGAGGAAGAGAAGCUACAAUGCCCAGCAAAGCUCCAAGGAAGCAAAACAGGUGAAAUGACUGAUCAUGAAAAUAAAUCCAUAGCGAGCAAGUUGUACGUUCACAGCCAAUGGCUAGCAGUCCAAAGUCCUUAUUUCAAGGCACUGUUUUAUUCAGGCAUGAAAGAAACUUAUACCAAUGAGGUAGUAAUGAAAAUCUACGAAGAUGAACUUCAGGCUCAUCUAACCUUAAUUGGAGCGAUGUACAAACUUGAUGUUCUCAAUGACAAAGACUACCGUCUUCUUGUCCAAGUUCUUGUCCUUGCAAACAAGUAUGAUGUUCGUCUUGUCAUCAAGAAGUGCAAAUGUGUUCUGUUGUCUACAACACUAACUUUAGAAAUGUGUGAAUAUAUUCUCCAAGAAAUGGAACGUCUUUCCGACAAGGCCGAUAUAUAUGAGAUGCUCGAGAAGUUCCUUGUCAAGGAAUUUACACCGAUUGACGAAACAUGGACUAUGCAAAAAUUUACUGAACUUUCAGAAGCCGCGCUGAGGCUUCUUUUGCGAAGUGAUAAUUUAGGCAGUCGAUCUGAAAAUACAGUAUUUGUUGCAUUGAUGAAAUGGGUUAAAUCGAAUUUGUCCUUCAGAGUGCGCUAUAUAUGUGAUCUGUUAGAUCUUGUAAGAUUUGAGUUCAUGACAAUCGACUUCCUGGUGGACAUGGUCCAGGAACAUACGAUCGCUAGGCGAAUGCCUGGAUUUAACACAUAUCUCCUAAAUGGUUUAGCAUAUCACGGAUAUUCGCAGAUCAGGCGGGAACAACUCGAACCGAAGCCGAAGAAACGACGUUUGGUGGAAAGUGCUGGUCCAACGUUUUCAUGGGUAAUUGAUGACCAACUCCGAGAAAAAUUAUCGAAGUUCACAGAAGUUUCUGUUUUUUCAAAUAGAUUUUGGUAUCAAGGAUAUGCAAUGCAACUUCAACUUACCUAUGCGAAAAAUUUGAAAAAAUGCAGCUUCUAUCUCGUGAUCCGUGACUUGAUAGGCAAGGCUUGCUUGUAUGCAAGUUUUAAGGCCAAGUCAAAGUUAUUUUAUGCAAAUACAGUUCAGAUAAAAAAACACGUGUUUACAUUCAGCCAAUCCUCUUGGGGGAAAAAAUGUAUCGAACUUAAUCCGGUCUCAGUGGUCAACGGCCACACCAUUGAUGUUUAG